GUGUGUGUGUGUGAGAGAGAAGAGAGUCUCCCUGCUCAUGUGGCUCCAGUGAACACUUGCUCCAGGAAUGUGUGUGUGUGCAGCACUGCCUCUGGACUGAGCUGAGGCCUGCUGAACAGCGAAGCCUGGGACUUGAGUUUAUUUCACAGCUGACUGGACUGCCUCUCACCUGGGCAGCUGACUCAGGGCUCCAGCCUGUAGUCCAGGAGGAGCCAGCAGAAAGGGGCUGGGACGGCUGGCAGCGUGAGCCCGUGGGAUUGGAAAUGCCUAUUUAAAGCCGUCUGUUCUGUGCCGUUCCGGGCUGUUCUGCGCUGUUCUAUUUGAGGCUCUCUUGGCUUCGCUGUGACCUGUGGGAGCUGCUUCACACUGAGCCCCAUAUGAGGGGCAGGAGGAGGGGGAGGAGGGCUUGUGUUUAGAGUCCAUGGACUGCUGAGGGGGGAGGAGGGCUUGUGUUCAGAUUGCUGAGGUAAACAGUGACUGCCCUCAGGUUCACGCAUGGACUGUCUCAGUGACCAAAUGGAAGCUGGCGUCUGGCCUGUCUCAACGCAAAAGAUUGUGUGUGUGUGUGAGAGAUUGAAUGUUUAAACAAGUGAGUGUGUUAGUGACGUCAUGUUGGCUGUUCUGUGGCGGUGGCUUGCUGUGCUCUGGUUGUGGUUCUGGUCAUGGGUGCAGUUCGGAUCAAAGUGGGUCCGCACCAAGCAGACCACACAGUUGCCCCUCACACUGGACAGUGACAUCACUCAGGAGGAGGAGGAGUCCAGUUACAGCCAAUCAGAGGAGUGGAAGACUGACCAAUCAGCCAGGACCUACGGUUACCAUGACGACGCAGCAAUGGUGGCCGUGCAGACAAGCACACACACUUUCUACGUGGACCUGGAGCAUCUUGCAGAGUGUGGCGAAUAUUUCCGGGCCCUCUCCCACUCCAGUAUGAUCGAGACGAGCCAGCGGCGGAUUGUUCUAGAACACGUGCCCUCUGAGGUCUUCCACAGCCUGCUGCAGUUCUACUUCCUGGGUCACUUCCGUGUGGCACCAGCUCACCUGCCCACCAACCUCCAGGUGAGUAGCUACCUGCUCUCCUCCGCCUACACCUCCCGCCUGCUGGCCCUCCUGUCCUCGCUCCUGACCCCGCUCACCUGUCCGGCGUACCUGGAGCUGUCCAAGCGGCUGGGCUGCCCUGAGCUGCGGCAGCAGGUGCUCCUCUACCUGAGCGCUCACCUGUUGGAGCUGCCACACAUGAGUCAUGCGCUGGAGCCCCGUGAGAGAGAGCUACUCCCAGACCUGCGCUCCGCCGGAACCCCCCGCCUCUGCUGCCUGCGCAAGGAGAACCUGAGCGCACGGAACGCGCUGGAAACGCAGGCGGUGCGGAGGGUCUUCCGCCUGGAAGAGGGGGAGGAGGUGGAGACCCCGGGGUGGACCCCGCUGACGGAGAUGCCGUUCCAGGCGGACAAGUGGUGCUUCACCACAGCGGUGCUCUUCAACUACCUCUACCUCAUCGGAGGUUACCGCCACCGGGCCGCCCGCGGAUACGAGUUCAAGAUGGCCUCCUUCCGCUACAACCCCCUCACCCAGCAGUGGGCCCCAGUGGCGUCCAUGAUCAAGCACAGACGUCAUUUCAGCGCAGUGGCGUGUGCGGGGUGUGUGUACGCCGUGGGCGGUUGGUACCUGGACUCGCUGGUGACCCCUGACUCAAGUACGAGCCUGUACACCGCCGUGGAGCGCUACGACCCCUGGGCCGACUGCUGGGCCUUUGUGGCGUCGCUGCCGCUCAGCGACUUCCGCUUCAGCCUGUCGCUGGCGCACGACUCACCCCUCACAGCAGCGCGGGGCGACUGCCUCUACGUGCUGGGCAGCAUCUACCGGACCGGAGAGAAGCUAGUGCUCCAAUACAGCACCACCCACGACUGCUGGUCAGAACUCCUGCCCACUCUGACCCGAACAGAUGCCCUCAUGCCCAGCCUCUACUUCCUGGGUGCCACAGACAAGCUGCUGGUAAUUGGUGGAAACAACACCGAAACCAUGGUAACCUCCUUCUGUGUGGACUCUCAGCGCUGGGGGCCUGUCCGGAGCAUGGAGAAAAUGGCUCUCAUUGGUCAGGGGACCGUUGUGGACGGCGAGGUCAUCAUAUCGAGUUUAAAGCAUGACUCUGUGAUCAGACUGAAUACGGACUCUCUCUCCUUCUCUCUCCUCCCAUCCCUCCCCAUCCCCACCUGCUACGAGAGCCUCUUCCAUCUCUACUUUUAACACACCGCAAACAUCUUAUAAACAUCUUAUAAAUGUCUUACUCAACAUGUCUUUCCCUGCCCAUGCAGUAUGUUGCAGCAUACACUGUGUCUGUGCAACAGAACUGAGACAGACUUUAGGCAAGCUGCAGCUUCUUAAUGUGACACACACAGUGCACCAAACACCACUCCACCUCACGUGUGUGUGUGUGUGUGUGUGUGUGUGUGUGUGUGUGUGUGUGUACACUCAAGUCUAUACUAUAUAUACACACACACAUUCUAAUCCACUCUUAUGCCAUUUCUACAACUAAGACAGUACUAGUAUCCUAUAGUUAUUGUAUUAUGACGAUUUGCUAUUGUUAUCAUUCUGUUUAAAUGCAUAUAGGCGAUAUUGACUACUUUACACCCAUAAUUUUCAAUGAUAAUGUUUAUUGUUAUUAUUGUGCAUCACUUUGGAUAAAAGUGUCUGCCAAGAUCCAUAACCAUAUUACUAUAAACAUGCGUCCCUACCACUGAGUUGGAUAUCAGGCACAUGUCCUUGCAGGAUGUAUUAAUGUGUGUCAGCCUAACCCUUUCAUGUCAGCCUGCUUCCAGUUGAAACAUUAAACAUUAGACAUUGUUUCACCAUG